AUGGAACCAAUUCAGCAACAAAUAACAUUUAAGCCAAGUGAUGAUAGUAAUACUUCUUCUAAUUCGACUCCAGAAAAAAGAAAAAAUGUUAGCAGUAUAGUAGAUGGUGGUGUCAUAGGAGGAAUUUUAGGUGUUGUUCUUUUAGACCCAUUACAAGUGAUUCAAACAACCAGGUUACGCAACAACCAAUUACAAAAUACAGAGAAUUUAGCUUUAAUAUUUCCUUUUGCUCACCAAUAA